AUGAAGCAGCUCAUCGGGAAGCGGAAGACCUACGACUGCCCCACUUGUCGGCAGACCUUGCCCAGCAAGGAGUGCACGAAGAACUUCUGGAUCAUCCAGAACUUGCCAGCCCUGCUGCAACAGCGAAAGUCAGCUGCCUCAUCCUCGAAGCGCGGGCCGCCGCCGCCGACAGCCGAGGAGGCCGUGGCGAGCCGGCGGACGAAGAAGCCACGAAGCGAACGCCGAAAGACAGAGGCCGAGGCCUUGGGGGCAGGCGCGCCCGUGGCUGCUGCUGUUGGCGCUGCCGCCGGCGCUGCUGCUGUCCACGUUGACUGCAGCGAGGUCGUGGGGGAAAUCGACCGCAUGACUGUGCGAGGCGGCGCGCACGCUGUUGUCAGCCGCAUUCUGCAGGGCAUCUUCAGACGGAACGGGCAGGAAAACCACGGGCGGCCGGUCUACGUGAAGGAGAACGACAGCCUCAGCGGGGUCUUCGUCUACUACUGGGACACCCGGGAUGGUCCGAACUUCUCGGGCUGGUGGUUCGGCCCCGUGGUGGGUGGGGAAUCGUACUGGGCUUAUCACCCGAGCAGCUCGGCGCAGACUCCGCCUCGCAGUGGCUGGAAGAUCGCCGGCCGAGAAGUUGAUCCUACUAUGGUCCUGGGCCCGGCUCCGCCGCGCAGCGAGGAGGACCAGCAAGCCCAUCAGGGUGCUGGGCGCACACCUCCGUUGCUUGCACCCUUCUCUGCGCCACAACGCCGGCCUCUGCCGCCGCCCUUGGUCCGGCGCCAUGCAGCACCAGCUCAGGGUGCUGGGCCCCAGCCCGCGCCUUCGGCGGCGCCACCGCGCCGAGCCCUACCGCCGCCGUUAACUCGGCGUCAUGCGGCACCAGACCCGGCCCCACCGCGGCCACCUGCACCGCCAGCUCCUCGGCAGUGGCAUACAGCUCCGCCAAUCUCGCCGCCUUUCCGAUCGGGUGCGUGGCGGCCCCGCGAGGUGUCGUAUCUGAACGGCUCGAGGUACUGGUGGCCCUACUAA